AUGUAUAGAUAUGAUGUUGAAUAUCUAUUUCGAUUUUAUACAUAUGGCAUAGAAAAACAUUUUCAUCAACAUGUAUUUGAAGAUUUUCAACAAGAAACUCUUUGUGAUCAUGAAGCUGGUAAUAAAAUAGAUUACACAAAAAAAGAGAAGUGUCAAUAACAAAAAUAAUUUAUCUAUUUAGGUCAAUUAUAUGGUUUAGAAAAAUUCUGAGCAUUUUUAAAAUAUUCUCGACAAAAACUAAAAAUCAAUCCAAAACUUGAAGAUUUUCGUCUUGAUGGUGC